AUGCAGCAGAAUCCGAGAGGCGCCCCCGAACAGAGGAGCGGCAAGCGCAAGGCUACUGGCAAAAGGAAGCUUCAAGAUCAAGGGGAGUCAUCCCAACAACCUCCGCAUCAGCAGGCGACCAUUUCGCAGCUCCUCCACGGAAACCAAGCGCACGAACAAGACGACGAACACCUCCCGCCGACGAACAAACGAGCCCGACCGUCUCCUUCCUCCCCCGCACCCAAUCAGUCCGGCCCUGGCGGAAUGUACAGCUUCUCGAACUCAGGGCCAAGGCCGAGCGCUCCGGGUGCCGGUGGUCCCAUCCUGUCGAACCCCGCCCUGCAGGCCCGUACGGGCAACGCGCCGUCGCAUCAGAGCAACUUUACACCGCAUACCGGCGCGAAAAGACUUGUUGUGAAGAAUCUCCGGACUGGUCCGCGCUUGAACCAAGAUUCGUAUUUUGAUAGAGUAUGGAAUCAGUUGGAUGCGGCGCUCACGGCGAUCUUCGGCGGCGGGAAACCGGAGAUAUCGCUUGAGGAGCUUUACAAGGGGGCAGAGAAUGUAUGUCGUCAGGGGCGAGCUGCGGUUUUGUCGAGGCGGCUCCAAGAGCGAUGUCGAGAACAUGUUACGGGGAAACUACACGAUUCCUUAGUCGACAAGGCGCAGAUGGCAUCAAAUGUCGAUACAUUGAGGUCAGUGGUCGAGGCGUGGAAAGUGUGGCAGUCAAUGUUGGUUACCGUGCGCUGGAUCUUCUACUACCUUGACCAAUCCUUCCUCCUUCACUCCAAAGAACAUCCCGUUAUCCGCGAAAUGGGUCUAUUGCAGUUCCGACAGCACGUAUACUCCGAUCACACACUGCGGGCGAAGGUACUCCACGGUGCCUGUGAUCUCGUUUCAGCGGACCGCUCCCAGGAGCACAGCGUCGUCGAUUCUUCUCUUCUUCGAAACGCUGUCGAACUAUUCCAUGGGCUCGAUGUGUAUGUCUCCGGCUUCGAGCCCGUGUUUGUUUCGCAGUCGCAGGACUAUUUGUCCCUAUGGGCACAGCAAGAAGCGUCCGGCUAUUUGGCGUCAUAUGUGGAGAACAGCCAUCGCUUAAUUGAGCGCGAGAUGAGUCGUUGCGAGCAAUUUUCUUUCAACCGGUCGACUAAGCAGAAGCUGUCCGAAUUGCUCGAUCAGACCCUAGUCACGGAUCAGGAGAGUGUCUUACUGAGUCAAAAGGACGUUCUCGGUUUACUGCGAACAGGAAACAAAGUCGCUUUAGGGCAACUCUACACGCUCCUUGAGCGAAGAGAUCUCGGGGCUAAGUUAAAGGGUGCCUUCAGUGCAUACAUUGUGGAAGAAGGCUCUGGCAUCGUUUUCGACGAUGAGAAACAGACGGAUAUGGUAGCACGUUUGCUGGAUUUCAAGAAGCAACUUGACGAUAUUUGGAAUGAAUCAUUCCAUCGGAAUGAGGGUCUCGGUCAUAUUCUUCGUGAAUCGUUUGAGAGUUUCAUGAACAAGGGCAAAAAAUCAGACUCUACGGGAGGUACAGACAAUCCCAAAGCUGGAGAAAUGAUCGCGAAGUACGUCGACAGGCUUCUACGCGGGGCAUGGAGACUAGCGCCGAAUCGAGAUGCUGAAAAUAUGCCUCUUGCGGACGAAGAUGCGGAAAUCAACCGACAGCUCGAUCAGGUGCUGGACCUCUUCCGGUUCGUCCACGGUAAAGCGGUCUUCGAGGCCUUCUACAAAAACGACCUGGCGCGCCGUCUUUUGAUGGGCAGGAGUGCAAGUGAUGACGCAGAGAAGAGCAUGCUGUCAAGACUCAAGACAGAAUGCGGAUCAAGUUUCACACACAACCUCGAGUCCAUGUUCAAGGACAUGGAGGUUGCUCGUGAUGAAAUGAGCGCAUACAGUUCCAUCAAGCGAGAGCGCCAAACUCCUCUCCCAGUAGACCUGCAUGUCAGCGUUCUAUCAGCAUCCGCAUGGCCAACAUACCCAGAUAUCCAAGUGCGGAUACCGACAGAGAUCGCCACGGCUAUCAACGAUUUCGAGAAAUUCUACGACACCAAAUACAACGGGCGCAAACUCGCGUGGAAACACCAGCUAGCGCAUUGUCAGAUUCGAGCAAGAUUCCCCGGCGGCAACAAGGAGCUUGCUGUCAGUUCGUUCCAGGCGAUUGUUCUCCUCCUCUUCAACGAGCUCCCUGAGGGUGGAACACUGAACUACCGUCAAAUUCAAGAAGCCACAUCACUAUCCGACCAAGAACUAACACGAACGCUCCAAUCCCUCGCUUGCGCUAAAUACCGCGUGCUAUCCAAAAAGCCGAAGGGUCGCGAGGUCGCGCCCACCGACGAGUUCUCCUACAACCCGUCCUUUACGGACCCCAAGUUCCGCAUCAAGAUCAACCAGAUCCAGCUCAAGGAGACGAAAGAGGAGAACAAGAUUACGCAUGAGCGUGUUGCAGCGGAUCGGCACUACGAGACCCAGGCUGCUAUUGUGCGCAUCAUGAAGAGCCGCAAGACGAUUACCCAUGCGGAGCUUGUGGCUGAGGUUAUCAAGGCCACCAGGAGUCGGGGUGUGUUGGAGCCAGCGGAUAUCAAGAGGAAUAUCGAGAAGUUGAUCGAGAAGGAUUACAUGGAGCGUGAGGAAGGGAACAAAUACCAAUAUGUUGCUUAG